AACUCGGCGCACCGGGCAGCGCGGCACAGCUCGGCUCGCUUCAGCCCCGCUCAGUCGUGCAGCGCUGCGCACUCGGGUUCGCUCCGUGCCGCCGAGCGAGGGCUGCGCUACCGAGGCCGAGAGUGAGGCGGUGUGAGAAGGGAGCGAGCGAGCUGCGAGCAGGCGAGGCUCGAGUCAGGCGAACAGAACAGCGGCUGCAGCUCGAAGCGCACCCCGGGGCAGGCAGCAUGACGGCGUGGCUCGGCUUCCUCGCCGUGUUCCUGUGCAGCUGGAGCCUGCGGGACCUGGUGGCGGAGGCGUGCACUUGCGUCCCCAUCCACCCGCAGGACGCGUUCUGCAACUCCGACAUCGUGAUCCGUGCUAAAGUUGUGGGGAAGAAGCUCAUGAAAGAUGGUCCAUUUGGAACAAUGAGAUACACAGUCAAGCAGAUGAAGAUGUACAGGGGCUUCCAGAUAAUGCCACACGUUCAGUACAUCUACACAGAAGCCUCAGAGAGUCUUUGUGGUGUGAAACUGGAGGUCAACAAGUACCAGUAUCUGAUUACAGGCCGCGUGUACGAAGGGAAGGUUUACACUGGCCUGUGCAAUUGGUAUGAGAAAUGGGACCGACUGACUCUGUCCCAGCGUAAAGGACUGAAUCAUCGUUAUCAUCUGGGCUGUGGAUGCAAGAUUCGGCCCUGCUACUAUUUGCCCUGCUUUGCCACCUCCAAGAAUGAGUGCAUUUGGACAGACAUGCUCUCCAACUUCGGCCACUCAGGACACCAAGCGAAGCACUAUGCCUGCAUCCAGAGGGUGGAAGGUUACUGCAGCUGGUAUAGAGGAUGGGCGCCUCCAGAUAAAACGAUCAUCAAUGCCACAGACCCCUGAGCACACUGUACCUUCCUUAUCUUCCCUCUCCCUUACUUGUGGCUGAUCUUCCUUUGGACACUAACUCUUACCCGAUCAUGAUGAUGACAAUGAAAUUAGUGCCUGUUUUCUUGCAAAUUCUAGCACUUCGAACACUUAAAAAAAAAAGAAAAAAGAAAAAAAAAAAAGAAGAGGAAAAAAAAGAAGGAAAGAAAAAAGUCUGUGCUACCUUACUGAAUUUGUAGUAGUUACCUUUUCCAUUUUUGAUACCACUCGUUUUGAUCAGAUGACGUUUGGGAGCUUACUUUUGCACACCAGAGGGAAAAAUGGAGGAAAAAAACCAUGGAGCUCUUGCUCUCUUACAUGUAUCAUUAGCUGUAGCAAUAUAAUCUCUAUUUUUUUAGGAAAACAAAAAUCUAAAAACUAUGCCAAUUAGGCACUAUAUUCUUCUGUGCGCUGGCUUCCCCUCACCCCUCCUCAUGCACUAAAUGCUGAAAAUGCGUAGACAAAUCUGUUUAAAGAAAAACAGGUUUCAUUAAUCAGAUUGGCAGAUGAAGCAAAUUGAAAAGAAACCCAGCUUAAACUCUGGAUAAAAAUGACAUCCAAAAGAAAUCCUCCUCUAUGGAAGAGAUUGGCAAUGUGAUUGACUCCAGCAGUGGGAGAAAUUCACCUGGUGUGUCUGACCACAUCAUCUGGUAAAAGCAUUGUUGGCUGAUUGUCCUAGCUAAUUGCAGUCACAGUGUGAAUGCAAGAAUAUAUUUAAAGUUCUGGCUUUCUCCCGAACAAAGGAGAGAGUAUUUUGUAUUUUUGUUGUUGAAAAAACAAAAGCCCUAUCCCCUGUGUAAGGGGGGUAAGUCCACCUGCAGCAGAGCAGAUAAAAUGCUGCGGCAUCCUGUUUUGAACAGUGUUGGGCCUGAACUCUUUGCAGCUCAGCUUCAACAGCACAAACAGCUUGUAAACACCUUAAACCAAACAUGCAAAAAUACCAACUGUAAAUCAAUCACAUGGGAGAGGGAAAGGGGAGACUUGCUAGAGCUCUUACUAUAAAAAAAUCUAUUGCCAAAAUAGUGUUUUGCUGAACUAAGAUGUAUAUACAUACACAUAAUGACAUAAGCUAUUUUUGACAGGACGUGGAAAUUUUUUGGUGUUAGAAACAAAAGAAUGGUUUGAUUGUGUUUUAAA